GUUACUGUGCUGUCACGCUGUGUUCGGUCUCUCUCUGUUGUCUGUUCAGUAGUUCAGUCUGUAGUGGAGUGGAAUCUUAUUUGGCCGUCAACAAAACAGCCCGUGGUGUGUGAAGUGUCGUUUUGUCUAUUCUAAGAUGGACAUGUUUUAAGGAAAUGAAUCACUCAAGAACCGAGAGAACUAAGUGUUUACAUAGUUUAGCCAACAUGUUGUUCCUUAGUGCUGUGGUUUUAGUGUUAUUCGCCAGAGAAUCUUCUUGUGUGCUCACUGGUAAACAUCAACAAAGGUUGCAGGCCCAAUCGAAUCAGGGCCUCCCCAAUUACCAGGAAUUAAAUUUAGGCUUCGAACAAAUAAAAUAUAGUGUGGCUGAUGUGUCAAACGAAUACAACAGCACAGCUAAACAUCAUGCCCGCGGGAUGGGGCAUUUGUACUUCAUCACCAAGGCGUUCAUGAAUGUCAUUUUCCCAGGAGAGCUAUAUCCUGAAGGCCUGGUCACCUCGCGGGACGGCCGGAUCAGGGUGGCGGAUAUCCAGGGCGAGUGGCACACGCUGGUGCGACACUACGGGCUGAUGGCGCUGGUCGUGCUGGUGGGGCUGGUGUUCCUCGUCACCAUCCCGCUCAUAGGGUUGUUCUUCUGCUGCUGUCGCUGUGCUGGCCGGUGCGGGGCGCGCAGUCAACCCUUCGAGAAGCGCUACGACCCCUGUCGCCGACACACGCACGGCUUCUUCCUCAGCUGCGUCACAAUACUCAUCGCGUUUGGUGUAGUCUGCGCCUUUGUCACCAACGAGUAUUUGGAGACAGGGACGAGAGCGUUGCCUGACGAUGUUCAUGUCUCACUUUCUGAUACUGAUCUCUACCUUGAGAACACAAAGAAGGAAGUCAACAAUUUGCUGAUAACCAACUAUGGUGAAUUAGAAUCAACACUGAACACAAUUUUGCACAGGAGCGGAGAGAUCAUGAAAGAAGAGCUAGGGGAGGUGUCCAAGGCAGAAGUGAUCAGCAACCUAACGAACAUAGUGCAGGGGCUCAACAUCAUCCGCACCGAUCUUACCAACAUUGACAGUCUCUCUGUGCGGCUCAAGGACAAAGCUGUGGAAUUGGAACAAGCUCUGAAGGAGACCAGAGAGAACCUGUUGGAUAAGUUGCGGCAGUGUCAGUCACAACCGGCCUGUGCAGAGUUCCUGCGUAACUACAACAUCACACAUCUCAACCUCGAGACAGAUUUUGCUCAGUUACUUGAGAAAUAUCUCCCAAAGUUGCCAAAUGUUACUGCAAGUCUGCAGAAUGUGUCGGCUCUGCUGGAGAGCGAUAUAGAGCAGGAGGUCAGCAAGGGGCAGCAGGAGUUUGAGAAGGUUCAGCAGCAGAUUCAGCACAUUGUAGACGAAGGAAAGCCUCUCAUAUCCGACGCCAUCAAGCGUGCCGGUGUGGUGUUAAAAGAGGGAGCUAACAAGAUCACCCAGAUGCUGGACAGGGCUAGACACAUCCUGCGUUCUGAGUCCAAGGAGCCGAUGGAAGUUGGGGAACAAUAUCUGAAUGAGUAUGGACCCUACCAACACUACUUGGGUCUCGGAGUGAGUUGUACUCUGCUGGUAGUACUGUCUUGUUUGACGUUUGGUCUCUUCUGUGGCUACUGUGGCAAGAGGCCUGACGGGGGCUAUAACGACGACUGCUGCGACAAAGGCACUGGCUCCCGCUUCCUCAUGUUGGGAGUCUGGAUCAUGUUCCUGAGCUGGGCUGCACUGAUGGUGAUCACAGUUUUCUACUUUACAACUGGCGUGUUAGCGGAUCGCGCUGUCUGUUACACGCUGCGCCACCCCGACUGUCGUCUGUACAAGAUGGUGGAUGACCAGCUGCCUAUUAGACUGUAUGGCUCGCCCAACAGGCCUGUCCCACCACUCCGACUCAGUCAGAUUGUCAAGAAGUGCCACAACAACGAGAGUCUGUAUAAUGUGCUGGAGCUGCAUCACCUUGUUGACAUCUCCAAAUAUCCUGCUCUCCCACAAGAAUUCGGGAUAAACCAGCAGAUAGAGGAGCUCACUGGCCGCAUCAGGUUGGACAGCCACGUUGAUAUUCUAACACCAAAUGCCAAGCAACAACUCAUCAGGCUUGCCAACUCUCCUCUCAACCAGUUCAACUUAACUGUAUAUACAAGUGUUUUGAAUGAGAAAAUAACAUCUAUUGAUCUCAUGGCUUUGGCUAAAGCGAUAACGGAGACUGCCAACAAGCUACCACCAUCACAGAUAAAGAUCAAGAACUCACUGAUGUUCCAAGCCCAGUAUCUGGAAGUACAUCAACAGAAUCAGGUGACCACGAUGCUGCGUCUGGUGCAGGAGCUGACAGACAACGCCAACAACCUGACAGAGCACUUGCGAUUCAACGAGCCCUCGCUCAAACUGGCAGUGGAGAAGAUGCUACGGCAGGUGGAGAAGGCACAAGAUCUGCUUAACACCCAAGGGCCUCAGAUCAUCUCGAAGAUUGCCUCAGACUUUGCCUCAGAAUUCACUGUUCACAUCACUGACUACAUGAACCGGGUGGUACAGCAAACGGAGCAUAGCGUGGGCAAGUGUUGGCCUGUCUCACAGGUGUACAACGCUACAGUCACUACGGCCUGCAACAAGAUCUUGGACCCCUAUAAUGGAUUUUGGGCAAGUGUUGGCUUCAUCCUGGUGCUAUUCAUCCCAUCUAUCAUUCUCUCUGUUAAGUUGGCUGCGCUGUAUCAAAAGUCAGAUCCAUACCCAGGACCUCUUGUUGAGGCGGAAUAUCUUUACGACGCUUACGCAGACAGGGAUAACAUACCACUUGCCAAUGUGAAUGAGAAGAGGAAGAAAAAACAGCAGCAGCAGCCCCGCUAUCACGAACCGUAUGACAGCAGUGGUGCUGGAGUAGCAGCGGCAGCAGGAGGUGACAGAAGGGGAGGAGGAGCCGCCACUGGGCCGACCCAGGAACGUUUCUCUGACAUGGCUCCCAAGCACUGGGAUUUCCCCAACAUGGGCCCUCCGAGAUACAACAGCAGCCCUCUAUCUACAGAAUACGAGCGACCACCGCCAUACUACUAUCCUGGCCCAAGCCCAACUUCUCGUACGUAGGAAGCUUGGACAACUUUGGGCCGGCCUUCACAGCAGUUUUGUUUUAUACUUUCGACUAGCUUGUAUUUUUUCAAUUUUAUCAGAUAUUUUACAAAUUGAUGUAGUUAACCGCUGAAAGUCGGCUUUUAAUUUCAAAGUUUUAGUGUCUUGCCACAGUAACCCAAAUCAGUGCCACUUGAGGUGAUUGGUCAGUAUUUCAGGCUGAAACCUUUGUCUGAUGAUUAAAUUGUGUUAAUAAUAUUUUUCUUUUUUUCAACGAAUGCGCCGCAUACUACUGUGGGAAUUUAAUCAUGGGAUUUUGGUUCAGCGGGUCCCAAUUGUGUUGGAGGUUCCUUAGUUCUUUCGAUAUAAGUAUUUGUUUCGUUAAUGGAGCAAUUUGUAAAUAUUUGCAAUUAUUUGUUUACGCACUGAGUUAAGUUAGUUAUUUUAAGUUAAACAGUUGGAGACUUUUUCAAUACGUACCUAUUACGAGUUGAGUUUCAGUAAUAAUACUGUAGCUUUUAAGCAUAAUUUAUACUCGUGCAAUUUCUUCUCUUUUCAUGAACACUUUCUGUGCUCCUGAAUCUUACUUGGCUGGUCAUAUAGCUUGUAAAUACUAUAAGUCAUUAUAGACUGAAAUUAUACUUUGUUUUGUAUUAUUUAUAAGUUUAAUAUUGUAAGCAUAUUUUGAAUUCAUGUUGAAUUCACAAAGCUGUAUGGGAAAAUGUUCUCUCUAAAUAUUGCGUUUGCUGAAUUUUAAAUUGUAAAACAAUUUUUUAAUACUGCUGUUUUCUAUAUAAAAAAGAUCUGUGGCUUUUACAAUGUUCAAAAGUAAAAUAAAGAUUGUUGUUAUGUUUAAACUGUUGUAAUUUUUCUUUUUUUUAGUAAAACAGAUUUCAUUUACUAUUUUCAUAUACUCGGUGUUUUCUUGAUUUUGUUCUCAAUAUCUGAAAUCAAAGUGGUUUGUUUGAUCUGUUAUAUUGUCAACAUAAAGAAGUCUUGACUCCAGAGCAUGUCUCAUGGUGUGCAUAUAUACAAUAUUUAGUAGUAAUUUAUAUCAUCAAUGUGUAUUUUCCCGAAUACAUUAUAUACAUGAUAAUUAUAUAAAAUAGAAAUAUAUAUAUAUAUAUAUGUAACAUUGCAGAAACUUGUAAAAAUAUGUUCAUAGUUUUUUGUACGAUGUUCAUUCCUUAAUUGGUUUUGGAAGUUCAAUGUAAGAUAGUUUGACAUUUUAUAAACUGUCCAUUUUAAAUAGUGUUGUGAAAAGUGAUGAGGCAGGCUUGAAUUACGUUUAUUUAGUUGAAAUCUGAUGAGAAAAUGGAAAAGCAAGUUGUUUCAUAAUAAAAAAAUGGAUAUUUUUGGUGUCGAUAAAGGGUGGUUUGAAUGGAACAAAGUGUUGUGUAAGCUUUUUUAUAAUGUAAUUGUAGACAUUUUACAAUUAGAUGAUAUUUUCCACCGACUUGCUUUAUCGAAGUUUAGUGACAGAGGUACAGUACAACGUAUGUAUCAAUAGCAUCAGCAUUUCCAAUCCAGAAUAUAUUUUAUCUCAAAAGUAUUUUAAUAUAAGUGUUUCAAAAUGUCUUUCAAUAGAUGUCUAUAAAUAAUAUAAUGUACCGUAUGCAACAUGAAUGUUGUGGCUUCGUGUGGGAUAUUUGUGUUUUUCUAAAUCAGGAAUAAGGGUUUUCCCAACACAAACUGAUUUUUUUACAAUCCAACAUUUCAACAGAUUUCUGAGAUGGUUAAAAUAUUAUCUUGUGUGAAGGACUUUAUUUAAGUAGAAUAAUACUUCCAAUAUGGAAUUAAUGAAUAAUAUGUGUAACUAGUGCAAUAGAACAAGUAUGUUUUUGCAGAAUAUAUGAUGAGAAAGCCCGAACAUUCAUAGUCACUUUGUUGUAAUGAUAGUAUUAAUAGUUUCUGAUAAAAUUUAAAGUUAUAAAUACUAUUCUUUGUAUUCUCAUCAUUAUGUGUCACUUAUAACUUUUAAUGACAAGAAAUGUAAGUAAUAACUGAAAUAUCCUAAUUUUCCAUUUUCUAGUAAAGUUUUACUAAUAAAGACUGCACGAGAACUGUGAAUGUACUUAUGAAUGUAAAAUAGCAAAGAGAAAAUGGGCCUAAAAUACAACUUUAUAAUGUAUGAUCUUAUCUGAAAUGUUGGAAAAAUUAUAUAAUUAAAAGCAGAGACUAAUGUAAGGGAGUUUACAUGAAUCCCUUGGACAUUGCUUAAGGGCUUGUGUAUUACUCAUUUAUGCCACUUGGUGAGCUGUGUACAGUUUCAUGAGAAUUAUACACAAGUGCAGUAUAGUCUGGCAACAUCUGAGAAGAUUGUAUUCAGUAACAGCAAAUUUUUGUGAAAGCAGUGGAGUUAAGAUUCUCACCAAAUUUUCUCCAUGAAAUUCUCCAUCACUAUUACAAACUGCUCAUGCAACAAUCUCAGUGUAUUGGUUUUAGUAACAAAAACUACUUCUCCAUAUUCACCUGAGGUUCUUACCACAAAAGAAGAGAGACGUAAAAGGUUAAUGAUUUGACCACAAAUCGAGAAGGAAACAAAAAGUACGUACAAAAAAAUGAUGUAACUCGAUACAUUUCCUAGGUGACACCACCAAUAAAUACCAAAUACAACUGCAAGAAGUUGCGCAUUGUUUGCCCCCCUACACUUAAGCACUAGCUGGUGCAGCGUUACUCUGGAAAGUUUGGGCAUCCAUAAAUUUAUAAUAAUUGAUUGAAUUGUCAUUAAUUAGCUUUUAAUCACUUUAGAUAAUAAUUUAUUUUUUAUGAUUUAAAGAUUUGGUUGGGUGAACAAAUUUUAACAUACUAAAAAAUUGUAUUAACUAUUGGUGGUAAAUGUCUGCUACAAUCAUCCAUCAUAAAAGUUUUGUAUUCAGUUCAUGUUGGGAAAACCUUCAAACCUCUGUAGGUGAUGAGAAGCCCACAGCAAAAAGACAAGCUUUUUCCGCUUAGUAGUUUUGUAUAUGACAAUACCUGUGCACGCAUGACACAUUCCUUGUCCUACUCUUGUAACGUAACGUGCUAGACAUAAUAUUAUUCAUCCAUCUUCACUUUUCAUCAGUUUUUUCCUAAAUCACUUGUCGAAACAGUGUGCAUUUAAUAUUUUCAAUAUUGACAUUGUGUAAAUAUUUUUUAGCUGUUAGUUUGAUUCGUUUCUUUUUUGACACAUUGAGAUCCAUCGUUUUACAUUUGAAGUGGGUGAAAAUAUUCGGAUUGAGAUGGUUCCGUUCAGUAUGUGCAAAUAAAGCGCACAAUAUUGUUAAAAGUAAGUUAAGAUACAUCAUACAGACUGCAUGUCCAGAUUCUAUUAAAAUGUUUGUUUAUCUCAAUCUAGAAUUUAGAGAAGUGAUAUAAACCUAAAUUAUUGCCAAAGCAUUGUAGUCCACUGCUUUAGGCUUUCAUAUUCACCCUUUCAGACUGUCAUUCACAAUUUGAAAAUAAUAAAUUUGCAUUAUAGAAGAAUUUAUUUGUAAAUUAAGUGAAAUAUAUUUGAAUUAGCUUAGAAUGUCCUAGUGGAUAUUGAUCUGUUUAAGAGUUUUUACAGUUUAAGUAUUUCAAAAUAAUUUUUGUGAAAUUGAAUGUACUACUCUUGGUUUUAAUCACUUUUCUCUCUGAUCCUUGCCUAUUGUUCUGUUCCCCCCUCCUGAAGUAUUUGUAGUUAGUGUCGACAUGGAGUAACUCCAAAGAUUCUAUUUUUCCCAUCGUCUUGCUCCUAGGGGCCGGGCCGGUGAUAUUCCGAUUGUAUAUUUUGACAUAACGAAGUGUAUGUAAGAAAGGUUUGCUAUUUUUAAUAGAUUGUACUAACCAAGAGAAAUUAAAAAAUAAAAUGUAUUUUAUGUCUGUAAA